UUGACGAUCAGGCUACGAACCGCUGCUAUGAUUUGCUGAGCAAUUCGAUACUGGUUUCACGGAUGUGUCUGUGGAAAAAGACAGUUGUAGUGAAAGGCAGAGCGAGCAGGGAAAGGACCGAGAGGUACACAUAGAGCGCGUAACUUUCCAAGAGUAGUGUCCGGAAUACAAGAUAAACGUUUUCGCUUGUUUGUAUUGCGUCAAGCAUUUUUCAGUCACCUCAGUUUUGAAGAGCCGAAGCAGCGAAAAGUUUCUUUUCGGUUUUAUUUUUCUCCUCCAAUUGCUCUGCACUUUGCGCCCGUAUCUAAUGGAGGGCCCAGUUCGGAUUUUCUGCCAUAAGAAUGCGCUUCUCUGCUAGUUUAUCCAGAUUCCCGCAACGUAUAUCCUCCUGCAAAAGGCUCAGUGUGUCCACUGACGGCGUGUGGUCCUGUGCGGCCGGUGGAGGUGAGGGGGCAUCAUGGCCAGUGGCCUGAGGGUGCUGCCCACAGUGCUCUGUCUCAGCCAGGCCCUGCUCAUCAGCUGUGCUUAUUCUUCCUCUCUGUCCUUCAUCUCGGAGCCCACGUCAGUGGUGCAGAAGCAGGGCACUGCGGUCCAGCUGAACUGCUCGGUGAGGCCGGCCUCUGCCCGCGUGUGGUGGCUCUUCGCUGGGCAGCCACUGGAGCUGGGAGCCCUCGGGGGUGUGGAGCUCCAGCACGGCUCGCUCUUCCUGCCCUCUCUGCAGCCUGAGCACCAGGGCUCCUACCAGUGCCUGGCCCAGUCUGAUGCCGGGGUCAUUAUCAGCCGCUAUGCACAUGUGGAGAUAGCAGACAUUGAGGAGUUUGGCCACACUCAGCGGCGCUCGCUGCAUGUGACGGCGGGCAGCACGGCUCUGAUUGAGUGCCAGCUGCCUUCCAGCAACCCCCCAGCCCUGCCACGCUACCGCGUCAGAGGGAAGUGGCUGGAGGAGUCCACUGAUGAGUAUUUACUCCUUCCAUCUGGAAACCUUCAGAUUGUCAGUAUUACCCCUGAGCACCAGGGCAUGUACAAGUGUGGUGCCUUCAACCCCAUCACCAAGGAAACCAGGGUUGAGUCUCAUGGUACUAAAGUGGUGGUGAGAGAUGAACCUGCUCCUGUAACUGUCAUCUAUCCCACCUCCCCUCUCAACGUGUCCGUGGAACAGUCCAAGUCCCUCACCUUGGAAUGUGUCCUGUCUGGGAAUCCAUCAUCUGCUGUCAAGUGGACUCAGGAUGGGAAGGAAGUGUCACUGGGUUCAAGGAGAAGACUCUUAUAUAGUAACCUGGUGCUGACUGACGUGACAUCUGCUGACAGUGGGACUUACCACUGCUCACUGCAGACUAACAGAGGCACUGUGGCCAGUGCCAACUAUACUGUGAAUGUGUUUGAGACUUCAUCACUAGUUGCUGGAUUGACUGACAAGGUGUCACCUCUCAACUCUUCUGUGCAAUUUACCUGUCAAGUGAAGGGAAAUCCUUCCCCCAACGUCACCUGGCUUUUCAACUCCAACCCGAUCAGCCCCUCACCACGCCUAUACAUGUCCAGCUCUUCUCUCGUCAUAUCCUCCGUCCGACAGCACGAUCAGGGCAUGUACCAGUGCCUGCUGGACAAUGGGAUUGGCUCGGAGCAGUCUAGUGGCAGACUCACUGUCCAAUCAGGUCCGAUUUCUCCGCCUGUUAUCCUGACUGCUCCUAUGAGCACCACAGUUCUGGAGGGUGGUUCCGUGACUCUUCACUGUAACGCCAGCGGUCAGCCCCUGCCCGUCAUCCGCUGGCAUAACGCUGCUGGUCCCAUUGCCACGGACCCCACCCUUCUGCUUCUGCUUCUGCCACAGCCGGCCACGGCCAAGGCACCUGGCGACGGUCCUCCCCAUCUCGUCAUGUCCCGGCCGGGGAGCAGCACUCUCCACAUCCAGGCGGCCUCGGAGGCCCACGCAGGGACGUACUCCUGUGAAGCCUCCAACCGGCUGGGCUCGGUACGGGCAGAGGCCGUGCUGACUGUAGAUCCUCAGCCCAGCUCCACGCUGGGGAUGCCGUGGGAGACCCUUCCCUCCAUACACCCUUUUCAGAGUGACGAGGGAGAUGAACUGUUCUCAUCGCUCGACAAGGUGGGUCCCGGCGACAGCAUGGGCCUGCCCACGGAGAGGACGAGCGACCAGCCCACACCUGAGGCACCGGUCAUCAUCAGCCCACCUCAGACUCACAAGCCUGACAUCUACGACCUGGAGUGGAAGGCUGUCAAAGACACAGACAUUCCUAUCAAUGCCUACUUUGUCAAAUACCGUAAGGUGAAUGAGAUGGGAAAUGUGGUGGGCAGCUGGCAGACGGUGCGGGUGCCUGGCAGUGAGAACACGUUGCGUCUGAAUGACCUGGAGGCCUCCAGCCUGUAUGAAGUCCUGAUGGUGGCUCGCAGCACCGCGGGGGAUGGGCAACCGGCUAUGCUCACCUUCCGAACGGGGAAGGAAAAAACCUCGUCCUCCAACAAGAAUCCAUCCAAAUCUCCUUCUGUCUCUGUAUCCGAGAAACCCCGGGAGGAUCCAAAUACCAACACACACUAUGGGGUGGUUAUACCAGACAGAGCCGUCCCUGAGGCUCCUGAUAGGCCCACUAUCUCAAUGGCAACAGAGAAUUCCGUGUAUGUCACUUGGAUUCCUCGGGCCAAUGGCGGCUCUCCUAUCACAGCAUUCCGUGUUGAGUAUCGCAAACAGGGACGGAGUGGCGAGUGGAUGAUUGCUGCUGACAAUAUCUCACCUCUGAAACUGUCAGUGGAGGUUCGCAACCUAGAACCAGGUUCCACACACCGGUUCCGUGUGAUUGCUAUGAAUAUGUAUGGGGACAGCCCUCACAGCGCCACCUCCAGGCCAUAUCAGGUGUCAGCAGCCAGUCCUUCUAUAACAAACCGCCCUGUAAAUGGACCUCAUAUCUCUUCCACGGAUGCUGUCAGUGACACUCAGAUCAUGCUACGCUGGACUUACACACCAUCAAUUAACAACAACACCCCCAUCCAAGGCUUUUACAUCUACUACAGGCCCACUGACAGUGACAACGACAGUGACUACAAGAGAGACAUUGUGGAAGGCAAGGUGAAAUGGCACCUGAUUGGCCAGCUUCAGGCAGAGACCUCUUAUGACAUCAAGAUGCAGUGCUUUAAUGAUGGAGGGGAGAGUGAAUUCAGUAACGUCAUGAUCUGUGAAACCAAAGCCCGCCAGCCCCCAGGCCUUCCCAGCCAGCACCCCAUCACUCCUCCUGGGCCCGAUCCCCCAGAGGCCCCUGCUACCGCUGGGGGGCUCCUGUCUGUGAUUGUGGGCUGCGUGCUUGGCGUGAUGGUGCUCAUCCUUCUGGCCUUCAUCGCUAUGUGUCUGUGGAGGAACCGUCAGCAGAACAGCAUGCACAAGUAUGAUCCACCCGGCUAUCUGUACCAACCAGCGGAGAUGAACGGACACGUGCUGGAGUACGCUGCCCUGCCCGGUUCCAGUCGCAUCAACGGCUACAGCCACAGCACCCCCAUGCUAUCACAAGGCUGCCACCACUUGCACCACAAGCUGCCCAAUGGCCUGGCGUUGCUCAAUGGCUCUGGUGGCCUGUACUCGACCAACCUCUCCCAUGCACGUGACAACACAUUGCCACAUGGCACCAUGGACUACGAGCACUCCCAUCCCAAUCACCUACACAAUGGAGGAGCCAUAUAUACAACACUGCCUCAGGCUGACGCCUCGGACUGUAUGAGCUGCCAGAAUUUCUGCAACAACAACAGGUGCUACACAAAAACCAAUGGCACUUUCUCAGGUGGCACCCUCCCACUAAUGCACCGCGUGGCACCAUGCCAGCAGGACAGUCUUGAGAUGGUUCCUCUGAGCCAUGUUGCGCCCCAGUGCUACGUGAACUCUGGCAGUCCCCAGCUCCCGCCGCACGUCCGCAGUGACCGGCCAUACCAGCUGGAGGACGACCAGGGCAACAGUCUGCCCUCUUCACAAAGUCCCCCUGGGGAGCAGGAGCUGAGCGCUACAGAAGAGAGAGAGGAGGAGCCCCAGAUGGAGGCGCCGGAGGAGCCGGCGGUGUGCUGGGAGAGUCUGGCUGAUUUGGACUGUAAGGAGAAAGUGUCCUUCAUCUCCUCCAGCUCUCUAACUGGAGACCUCAUCCAGCCAAGUGUGCAGGAGGUCUGAACACAAACAAAAGUAGACGCAAACGCAGACACAGGAGAAGAGGAGAGGAGUGGAGGACAGAGGCAAGCACUAGCAUGAUCAGCGACUACGUGUGACACUAAGGACACUGCUUCCCGAGCUGGGAACGAGAGAGUGCAUGAUGAAGUGUGUGUGUGUGUUGUGUGUGUGUGUUGUGUGCGUGGGUUGUGUGCGUGGGUUGUGUGCUUGUGUUGUGUGUCGUGUGUUGUGUGUGUGUGUGUGUGGUGUGUGUGUGUGGGUGCGUGUGUGCAUGCGUGUGUGAGAGAGAGAGAGAGACAGAGAGGGAAAAAGAGUGAAGAGAGGACAUUUGAUCCGAGGGAGCAAACAGCACGCUGAAGAAGUGACACACAGAACUGAAACUACUACUCCAUUGGGAGGUCUAUCAGAAAAAAGAAGAAAAAGCUUAGAUGACUUAUUUAUUUUUUUGUAGUAGUGAUAUAUUAUUUCAUAUGAAUGUAUCUGUUUAAAUGUUCAUCUUUUAUAUUAUUUAUGUUUUUUUGUUGAUAAGAUAAUUUUUAUUCUUUUGUUUUAUUUGUCUUCCACAAUGGGUGGAUUUUAGCCAUUGUAUGUGUAAAAUUUUGUAUUACAAGGAGAUGAUAUGGACAA